AUGGAGACCGUGCGUGUUGCCGUGAUGCUGUCUGUGUGUCUGUCCGUGCUCUGCCAGGGUCAAAGGUCACGAGUGCAAGACGAAGAGAACGCAGCCGCACCCGCCCUGGGGCUGAGCCAGAGAGAACUGGUUGAUGUCCUGGACGAUUUCCUGGAUGAUGGAGACACAGAGCUAACUGUGCAGAAGAAGGCCAGUGUCAUACCCAGGUGUGACAUCGGAGAACGCUGCGCUCUCAAACAUGGCCCCAGGAUCGGGCGACUCUGCGACUGUCUCCGAGGAACGGCCUGUAACAGCUUCUUCCUGCGCUGCUAUUGACCUGCCACCAUCUUAGGACUGUACCUCACUUCAACACACUGACCGCCAUCUUAGGACUGUACCUAACAACAAAACAACAACACACUGACUGCCAUCUUAGGACUGUACCUAACUACAACACAGUGACCACCAUUUUAGGACUGUUCAUUAAUACUACCACCCAACAAAACACCACUGACCGUCAUCAUUGAACUUACACAAAUAAUCUGACUUGCUGCCAUCUUAGAACUAUACACACAACACACUGACCGCCAUCUUUGGACUGUCACUAACUUCACAUUACUGACUGUCCUCUUUGAAUUAUACUCAAAUAAAUAGCAUCCCGCUGACAAACAUCUUUGAACUGUCCCUAACCCCACGUCACUGCCUGACAUCUUUGUAUUGUAUUCAACUUAAUUAAAUUAACAACGAUGACAUCUUUGAGCUGUGCAUUAAUGUACCUGUCAUCACAAGAACAAUGACUGACAUUCUACUACUGUCCCUGACUCCACUUCACUGACCGCCAUCUUUGUACA